AUGUUCCGCGCCGCCGCUCGCACCUGCAGGCCUCGCGUGCGACCAACGACCCGCACCGCACCUCCCGCCUUUCGCCGGUCCUUCUUCUGGGGCAGCUCGUCGUCCUCAUCGUCGUCGGCAAGUUCGGCCGCCGACCUCGGCUCGGCGCACGUCCCGGCCGUCGCGCCCGACCUCCUGCCGCUCCUGUGGGGUGUCGUCGUGAGCCAGGCCGCGUACGACGACGACCAGGACGAGGACCAGCUCACGAGCCCGCCGUGGGAGGUGCGCGAGUUUGGCGACAAGGGCGCCGGCGCCGUCGCGUCGCGCGACAUCGCCAUGGGCGAGCUCCUCAUCGCCGAGCGGCCGCUGUGCAUCUGGCCCCAGGGCCUCAACGCCGACGAGGCCAAGAAGCUGUUCGACGCCCUCUCGCCGCGCGAGCAGGACGUCUUCAUGCAGCUCUCGCCGGGCACCGACAGCGAGGGCCUCGUGCAGCGCCUCGACGAGGUCAGGGCAAGGAGGGCGACCAACGGCUUCAGCAUCCCGCUGCCGCCUGUGUCCGGCGUGACUGCAGGAGGACGGUCGGUCGGCUGCGUCUUCCCGAAAAUCGCUCGCCUGAACCACAGCUGCUCGCCCAACGCGACGCAAGUCAUGAACUUCCAGACGCUGCGCAUGGAGGUCUACGCCGUCCGCCUAAUCACCAAGGGCGAGGAGCUCAACAUCGAGUACCUGCCCGGCGCCGUGACUCGCACCUCGGACGAGCGCCGAAACCUCCUCGCCAUGCACUUCAACUUCCCGAGGUGCCUGUGCGCCGUGUGCUCGGCGUCGCCCGACCUUGUCGCGCAGAGCGACGCUCGGCGGCGCGAGGUGCGCCAGGUGAGCGAGACGAUCAAGGCGGGACGGUCGGACCGCAAGGCGACCGUGGCCAAGAUGGAGCGGAUCCGGGUCCUGCUCGAGGAAGAGGGGUACAAGGCGCUGCCGGAUUUCGCGCAAGUCACGGGCGUCGACCGCAUCGACGCAGCCGCCCUGUCGAAGCUGCCUCCCUUCGCAGCCGGAGCAACCGCCGGCAGCACGGUCGACGCGCGCGACGCAGGGCUUCGACAGCUCGCACUCCUGCAGUCGCUCGUCGCGCGCCAGACGGCCGCACUGCGCGACGGGUUCCUGCCGCCGUCGGCCCUCGACGUCGGCGCCGUCCGAGACGCGUCGAGCGGUUCCCUUUCCCUGCCGCCCAUUCAGCUCCCUCCUCCGUCCUCCCACCACGCACCGACCUUCCCCACCGUCUCGUCGCUGCUCAGCGACGCCAUGCCCGCGACCCCGCACCAGUGGUCGACCAACCUCGACGGCCUCAACCACGUGGACCCGGGCGGCGCAGCCUAUCCCGCGCUCGGCGGCGUGACGGCCGACGAGCUGCUCGCCGCACAAGCCUCGCUCGACCUGUGGAGCGCGACCGUCUUUAGCACCAACUCGCCGGCGGCCUCGCCGCCAGCGACCUCGCACGGUCCGCCGCCGCCCUCGCUCGACUGGUCGACGCUGUACCAGGGCAGCAGCCACCACCACGACCCGCCCUCGUCGCACGGCCUUUCGCCGCUCUCGCCCGUCUCCGACGCACCCCUUCACGGCUCGCCGCCCGCCACUCAUCCCUUCCUCCCCUCCCUCAACUUCGCCAACUUCCCUUCUUUCCCGCCGCCAUCGCGCGCCGGCUGUUUCUCCGGCCCCGCCUCCUCCGCGACCAAUUCGCUCUCCUUCCUGCCGCCGCCUCGAGCGCCCUCGCCGCCUCAGCAUGACGCCGCGACCGGCCCGUCGCCGCCCGCUCGGCGCAGCUCGCGCGCCAACGCCGGCGCGAAAGGGCGCGCAGCUCGAGCGGCCGCGGCGGCUUCGGAGGGCAGCGAGGAGAGCGGGAGCGCCGAGACGAGCCCACGGGCGAGCGGCGCGUUCGCGAGCGGCGGCGGCGCAAGAGGAGGAAGGAGCGGUUCGAGCGGCGGCGGGUACUCGUAUGGCGUCGACGGCGCAGGGGAGCAACUGCCGCCGACGUACACGAAUGCACAAGGUGUCACCAAGGCGAGGGAGCUCAUGACGCCGGACGAGGUCGAGGAGGACAAGCGCAGGAGGAACACCGAGGCGAGCGCUCGAUUCCGCGCCAAAAAGAGGAUGCGCGACGCCGAGCUCAAGCAGUCGAGCGCCUCGCUGCGCGAGCGGGUCGCAAGCCUUGAGAAGGAGAAGGAGUCGCUCUCGAACGAGAACCGCUGGCUGCGCGACCUCGUCAGCGAGAAGGCCGACAUGCACCCUCGCAUCCUCGACGUCCUGCGGCACUCGGUCACCGAGUAG